AUGGCAACAGAAACUUAUAGUGAAAUCAAUACAGAAAGACAAGGUCUAGUAUUUAAUAAUACAAAUCAGUCAGCUUUGGCUGUCAUUAAUUAUAAUGAACCAUUAAAAGUUGUUCUCGACCAUCCGAUUCCUAAAUUAGGAGAUUAUGAUAUAUUAGUAAAUAAUAAAGCAAUCGGAUUGAAUCCUAUUGAUUGGAAAGGGAAAAAAUAUGGAUUUGGUAUUUAUCACUUUCCAUGGAUCAAUGGUAGAGAAAGUAGCGGUGUCAUUGUAGAAAGAGGCAAAAACGUUGAUGAGUUCGAAGUAGGAGAUAGAGUGAUGAUUAGUAGUACAAGCUAUAGAGAUAAUAGAACGAGUACUUUUCAGCAAUAUACUGCAAUUGAUUCAAGGUUGGUUUGGAAGCUACCAAACUCAUUUUCUUUUGAAGAUGGUGCAACUGUGGGUGUUGGAUUGGUUACCGCUGGGGUGUUACUAUAUAAUAGUUUCGAGAUUGAUUUGAAUGAAAAGAAAGAAGGUAAUAAAAAGGCCACACUCUUAUUAUGGGGAGGUGCAACUGUGGUAGGACUUUAUGUUACGCAAUUAGCGAAAAUUCAUGGAUUGAAAGUUAUUUCAAUCGCAAGUUUAGAAAAUGAACAAUAUAUCAAAAGUCUAGGCGUUGAUGUGGUAAUUGAUCGCCAUUUGCAUGCUUCUGAAAUUUCUAAGAAAGUCUUAGAAAACGCAAAAGAUGGGAUCGAUUAUGGUAUAGAUUGUGUUUCGAAAGAAACUUCGGCUGUUGUAAUUGACAUACUCAGUAAGUCUUCUCCAAACCUAAAACAUACAAGGCCUGUAUUUGCUGGGAUUGUUUCUAUUCCGAAACAUGUUCCUGAAAAUAUUUCACACAAGGAAGUAAUUAUAAAGAAAUUUCAUGAGGAUAUAAGUUUUGGAAAAAGUCUUGUCGAUAUAACUACAGGUUAUUUAAAUACUGGUAAAAUACAACCUGUUAGAUAUAGAUCUUAUAAUGGCGGACUUCAUAAAAUUGAUGAUGCUUUAAAAGAGCUUGAAUUGCUAGGAGCAAAAGCUGAAAAAUACGUGGUGAGUGUAUAG